UUCAAUUUCGUUGUUAAAAUUUUGCUUAUGUGUUGACGUCACUCGUGACGCUCCAAGGUAGGCGUGUCGGAGGCAUCCCACUUCCGCAACAUGGAGGCUGUGUUGAGUGACGUUGUGGCUCCCGAGGACCUGCUCAAAUUUGAGAAGAAAUAUAAUAACGAGCUGGCGAAGGGAGCCGUGUCCAAGGAGACCCGGUUUGAAUACGCUUGGUGUCUGAUCCGGAGCAAAUACACGGACGACAUCAAGAAAGGAAUCGCCAUGUUGGAGGAACUUGUUCAGAAAGCCUCAAAGGAUGACACGCGUGACUUCUUCUUCUACCUUGCCGUGGCCAACUACCGUCUCAAGGAGUACGAAGAAGCCCUGAAGUACAUCCGCAUCCUCCUGAGGAACGAGCCGGGCAACAAGCAGGCCUUGGAGUUGCAGGCGCUCAUCGAGAAGGCUUUGAAAAAGGACGGCUUGGUCGGCAUGGCGAUCGUGGGGGGAAUCGGCCUCGGCGUGGCCGGGUUAGCCGGGCUCAUCGGCCUGGCCGUGGCAAAGCGAGGGCCCAAGUAUUAACCAACCGGAGUUUUUGGGGUUUGAUUUUUCUUUUCUGGACUUCGCCAUUGACCUGUUAUUAUUAUUUUUUUGUUGUUGUUGUAUUGCAGUUGACCGUACAUCCCCAACUGCCACCUGUGUACAUAACAAAAAAAGUGAAUCAGAAGCUAUCUUUUAUUUAUAAUCCAAUUUGUUCUAAUGCUAACCUCCCGAGAAGGGAAUGUUCUGUCAAAUGUCCCCAAUUUAAGAGCUUGUUUUUCCCUGAUCAUAAAUUAAAAAAAAAAAAAAAAACGGAAACGUGUUGGUUUGCGUCACCCGUUCUCAUCAAACAAUUCCAUCCUAAUCGGGAAGUUCCCACAGAGUGCAUUGCCAUCCAAACUUCUGAGCGUUUAACAUUACUACAUGAAUGUAAAUAAAAAUACACACACACAACUUGGCCUAUUUGGCUAACCUUCUAUUAAUCUUGACGGAAAGAUGAAAUCCAAUUUGUCAACGUUGUUUUACUACGCCAUCAUAUAGGUACCACGUUGUGUGUGUGUCGGUGUGUGUUGUUAUCUCCCUCGUGGUGUGUUACUCAUUAACUCACCUGACAGCAGCACCGAAACUUCCCAGCGACAAACGCGAUUCUUGUGACAUAGUUUAAAUUACUUUAUGAUUCAUUAGAUUUGUUUCCGAUUAUUUCUUGCAACAUUUAUAUAUUUGGCUUCAUAAAGUAACGUAUUUUUUCCUAAUAAAAUUCUACAUUCUU